UCCCCUGCGGUCGCUAUGCUGAAUGGAAACUGCGUACCUUUUCAUCCUAACCUUAUCUCUGUUUUCAUUCAACUGACAGCUCCAGAUCUCCUCUUCAUCAACUGGACCAAAUACUUUUCUUUCUAUGUUGGUGGUGGUUGUUGGCAGCCUCAAAAUAUGUUUCCGCACAGGAGAGGUCAGAGCCUCGCCGGAUUGUCCAGGGACAAUCGGCGUAAUCUCCUCACUACUUCAUUGGAUGAGUUGCAGCAUUCAGCAAUUUCUGCAAGAUUGGAGAGAGUCUCAAUAGGAGGGCCGGUGGCCUCCAAACCUAAGAUCGUAUCUGCAGGGAUGGACGAUCUAUUGACAUCAGAUGGAGGGAAGCAUGACUAUGACUGGCUCCUCACACCACCAGGAACUCCAUCAGGUGAGAGCAAGCCAUCUUUACUGGUACUGGCACCGGCACCGGCACCAAUACGGGCACCGGCAACUAGGUUCGGAUCUGCGACAAGGUCUUCAAGGAUCCCAGGUAGUCAGUCAGAGACGACUACCCAAGUGAAACCCACAAGAAGCAGAUCCACCUCACGUCCUACAACCCCAUCAUCCUUCUUGUCUAGUUCUCAAGCCUCCAAAUCAGUCCUCAAUACCAGCUCCAUGUCAGUCAAUUCCAGACCAUCAACUCCUACUCGCCGAACAGUAGCUCCUUCGUCUCAAUCGAGACCAUCAACUCCAUCCAGAACUAAACCACCGGCAGUCUCUUCAAGACCCUCCACACCCACCUCUAGGCCGCAAAUUCCAUCAACAGUAAAACCAUCUCCAGUAAAGCCCACGGUGACACCUCCGGUUACACGAACUGCUUCCCGGCCCUCAACUCCUACACGGACUGCUUCCCGGCCCUCCACUCCUACUCGACGCCUAUCUACAGAAACUCCUGUCCCCGUCUCAUCCCCUAUUGUAAGAUCUCCAUCCAUGGCUACAACCACCCGCAGCCCUGCUCUUGCAUCCCGUGCUAGGUCUCCAAGCCCUCGGCCACACAGCAGGCAACCUUUAGCUGUUCAUGACUUUUCUAAAGAAGUGCCACUAAACCUGAGAACCACAGCACCAGAGAGGCCAAACUCUGCCACCAGAAGCCGGCCUGGGAGCUCAGAUUCUAUUCACAGCACUGAACAUACUAGUAAUGGAGGAGGAACAGUAAGGAAGCCAUCUCCUGUAAGAGGAAGAGAUCAUCCUGUCUCCAAGGAGCGUGUGCUUGCAAAUGGGCAUGGUACUGGCCAUAUGGAGAACACAGGCAUGCGGGUACCUGUAUCAAGGCCACCAUCCUCGACAGUUGAUAAUGGUGGAUUCGGAAGGACGAUAUCAAAGAAAUCAAUGGACAUGGCUAUCAGGCAUAUGGAUAUCAGACAUAGCACAGGGAACAUGCGUUCGCUGUCAGGCAGUGCCAUUUUCCCUCAGAGUAUCCGGUCAACCACACCAAAGAUCCGAUCAUCGAACUUGCCAGAUAAUCAACCACCCAACAGAACCAGCAAUACUAAGAUUUUGGAAAAUGGUAAUGCCGGAAACCUUUCAGACUAUGAGAAUGGGAAGGAUAGGAGCCACAUUGUUGACUUAAUUGCGGAGCGACUAGCUGUGAAGCUGAAAGAAGCUGAGAAGAUGAAAGAAACAGACCUCUCCAUCAGCACUCGUUAUGAUUCAUUCUUGCUAAAAGAAGACUUGAAGAAUACAGAAUGGCUGCAUAGCAUCGACGAUCAGAGUUCAAUCUUUGACCAUCGAUUUGAACAACUCCCAGAGCCCUUUGGCUCAUAAGCACCUAUUUGGCUUUUGUUUUCCACUUCCUGUUAUCAUUUAAACCCCCUCCUGGUAUUCGAGCCUCUGUGUGUGGAUUUUGGUCCUCCUUUCUUAAAGCCCACACAUUUUAAUACCAGCUAUGUGAUACAGAAGGAUGUAAACUCUUUGGCAUAUGAUCAAAUUCUAAUAUGCUUAGAGAAAACAAAUAUUCAAUUACAGAUAAGCACCAAAAUUAUUUCU